UGAGAUCCGCCGAGACGUCUCCACCCCACUAUUACCUCGCUAACUACAUGGUGUACUACAUGGUGUACUACAAGAUCUUCUGCACCAUAGGGCAUACAAACUGGUCUCCAACAGAUAUACAGCAAGGCUCCACCAAUACAACCGUACAGGGUAUGGGAACAAUGUAAUGAGCGAUGCCGGAGCAUCCCCGGUCACGUGCACACCAUCUCACAUUUACGGGAAAACCGUUAUGUUUCAAAUAAUAUCCACCCAUACAGUUGUAGCAGUAGCAUCUAUACAUAUAUAUAUGAACAUAUACAUGGGCACACUUGAUUGUCCCGCACCAUUAGUAAGAGCAUUUGAUGGGCGGACGUCCACAAGACGAAGAAUAGGCGUUUUUCUUUUGUGAAUUUGCUGGUGCCGGUUCAGGAAAUUAUUGUAGGAAGUUUCGC